AUGUCGUUUGGAUUAUGCAACGCUCCAGCGACUUUCCAAAGGUGCAUGCUCGAGAUUUUCUCCGAUAUGAUGGAGGAGACGAUGGAGGUCUUCAUGGAUGACUUUUCGGUAUUUG